CAUGUAAUUAGGACCUACAAGUAUAGCAAUGGCCACCGACAGUCCUCGAAAGAAAAUCGCUGUCGUAGGCGCAGGGGCAGCAGGCAUGUCCUGCGUGUCGAUGCUGGCUACCCAUCCGGAUAAAUUCGAAGUACACCUCUUCGAUUCUGCGUCUCAAACAGGCGGCCAGGCCACCUCCAUUCCUCUGGAUGGCCGCUACGGCGCCACCUGGCUCAAUGAUGGUGUGCAGGGUGGAUCGCCCAUCUUCCGACACACAUUCAACUUCUUCCGACGAUAUGGAUACGAGCCGCAGCCAGUGGAGCUGCAGGUAUCCUUCGGGAAGGGCCCGGAUAGCUUCUUCACGAACAUCUUUCCUAGUCCACUCGUUGACAAGUUCUCCGGGGAGAUCCAGAAGCUUGGUCGUGUGCUCAAGUGGAUUAAGCGGUUGAUGCCUUUGUUGGGAAUCUUGCCUGUCAAGGUUAUUCUGCGCUUGUUUAGGUUCAGUCACGACUUUGGCAGUAAGAUGGUACUCCCGUUGAUUGCUCUUUUCCUUGGCACGGGAAACCAGGCCCCGAAUGUGUCGAGUGUACUGCUGGAGCGAUUGUUCGAUGAUCCGCAGAUGAAACUCUGGGACUACGAUCCCGAUAUGCUGCUUCCCAACCAACCAACCAUGUAUACGUUUCCUAAUCUCGGAGACUUUUACUGCGACUGGGCCAGUGACCUUCGCCGCAAGGGAGUGAACGUACGCCUCCAGACAGGGGUGGAGAUACUAAAGCGAGACAGCACGAACGGCAUCGAUCUCCGCGCGUGGGAUAAAUCAACCCAUAAUUCCGAACGCAGAUGGGAUGGCAUCGUACAUGACGAACACUUUGACGAGCUCGUUCUCUGCGUACCUGCCGACGAAGCCAAGAAAUUGCUCGGGAAGCACGCCACAUGGCGAGAGAAGUAUGUUCUUGGGGGCGUGAAAUUCUUCGACGACGUUACUAUCACGCACAGCGAUGCGGAUUACUUCAACACUAUAUUCGAAACGCGGUACAAGACCGAGCUCUGCGGAAAGGCCUCGACCGAGGCGCGCAGCGAGCAGAUCGCGUUCGCGAAGCAGACCCCACGUUGCCGCAAGGAUGGAUGGGAGGGAUUUGCGCCCAUGUACUAUACUCAUUCGUUUGAGCAAGCUCCGCAGAAGAUAGAGAUGGGGUUUGAUUGCACCAACUAUCAGCACCAAUUUCGGGAGGCGUUGGGGGAGAAUGCUCUAUCUCCGGAGCAAGAUCGGCAUGUCUAUCAGACUAUCUUUCUGAAUAAAGAAGACUCGGAUCUGUGGACGUGGGAGGGUAUCGAUAAGGAUAAGAUUAUUGGAGAGAAAUGGUGGCAUCAAUUUGGACAUAAUUGGCAGCAUUAUACGCGUGUGGUGCCGGGGAUGAUGUUCAUCAAUGGGAAGAAUCGGACGGUGUAUGCGGGGAGCUGGACGAUGGUGAAUAUGCAUGAGAUAGCCUGUAUCUCUGGCAUUGCUGCAGCGUAUCGACUUGGGGCUGUGUAUGAGCCUUUUGAUGAUUUUGCCGAGGAUUGCUUUGCGAAAUAUGUGCUGGUGAGUCAUGGGAAGAGGUAUAAGAGGGCUGCAGAUUUGGAUGAAGAGUGAGUUCAUGUGGUAGUUAUCGCCUAUAUUGUGCCAUCUGUCGAUAUUUGGCUCCCGUUGAUAUGAUUUGGAAAUAACAGGGGAUCUUCCACCUUUGACAUCAUCGUGUUUUAUGGUCCAAAUAGUAGGAAGCCAUUGUGGUCAUCCCUUGUCUC